AUGAAUCUUGGAGCAAUGCAAGUUAUGUUCAAAAUGAGGGAUCAUAAGGGAGCUUACAUCCAAGUAAAGGCAGUGGACGAUUACAGGUUCUUGAAUUCUUCAUACGUUCCCGUGCUCCGACAGCUUGAGUCCAAGGAUUUGACGGCGCUUUGGGAGAUAGACAUGGAUGGGAAGGUGAAUGGAGCUGUUGAAACAUGUUUUGGGUCUUUCUAUCGCUAUAAUCCAAGCAUAAACAUGGAUGAGAUUGGCAAUGUUGCAGUUGUGCACUUCAACAGAAAUAUGAAACCAUGGCUUGACACUGCCAUGAACCAGUUUCGACCCAUUUGGACGAAGUAUGUGGACUCUGAGAAUGACUUUGUCGAGGCUUGCAAUUUUGGUCUCCAAGUAAAAAUGUGA